AUUUUCUUUCCCUUUUCUUUCUUUUUUUUUAUUUUUUAUUUUUUUAUAUUAUCGAUCAUACAGUAACAUGGUGGCCAAUCUACUUUCUAAAAAAGCUAAACGACUUGCGGCAAGGAAGGCACUUAAGGAAGAAAAAGUAUCAACAAAAGAAGAAUUGACAUUGGAUCAAGAUACUGUUGAUCAAGAAACCAACACUAGUGACGAAGACGAGGAACCCAUUCUUGAGGACUCUCAGAAUACCGAUCAAGAAAGUGAAGAUGAAGAUGAUAUUAAAGAACAAGAACAAUAUAUUCCCAAGAAUGAUGAAGAUGCUUUACGGCGUUUGACUGACAAAUUAAGACUUAAAGAUCUUCCAUGGAUUGAAACAAUGCAAGUAACCUCAACAAAGCCUAUUGAAAUUAAGCAAGACGACAAUCAAGAUCAAGACAUGGCUCGAGAAUUGGCCUUUUAUCAACAAGCUUUGGAAGCUGCUCGCAUUGCCCGUGAUAAAUUCAAAGAACUCGAUGUACCUUUCUCUCGUCCUGAUGAUUAUUAUGCAGAAAUGCUCAAGAGUGAUGAACAUAUGGCCAAGAUUCGACAACGGUUAUUGGAUGAAGCUGCCCGCAACAAAGCAUCAGAAGAAGCAAAACGACAACGACUUCUCAAAAAGUUUGGUAAAAAAGUACAAGUUCAGAAACAACUGGAUCGACAAAAGGAAAAAGCACAAACAUUGGAUAAGAUCAAAUUACUUAAGCGAAAACGUGCGGAUGGUAAUAAUGAAUCACUUACUUUGGAUAAUGACUUCGAUGUUGCUUUGGAAAAUGCGGACAAUAAACGACAAAAGAAGGAUGACAACAAGAAGGGUAAACCUACCAAACGACAAAUUAAGGAUAAGAAAUAUGGCUUUGGUGGAAAACGUGGCAAAUAUCACAAGUCAAAUACUGCAGAAUCAUCAGCUGAUAUUGGAGGUCCCCGAAAGCGAAGUGGUGCUGGUGGUAAACGUGGUGGAAAAGGCGGUAGAAGAUAGAAAUAUCCAGGAUAUCAUUAUACUCAUUAGUCAACAAUCAUGUACAAUUCUUUUUUUAUUAUUAUUAUUUUUUGCUCCAAUUCUUAAGUUGUCUUUACAAAUCAUAUUUAUUCUUUCAUUUUUUCAUUUUUUUUCUUAAAACUUUAUUCAAUAAUAAAAAUCAUCAUUUUCCAUUCCAU